AAUAAAACUAGGCAUUUUUCAAAGUGAAAUUCUACGAAUAGUUACAGGUUCAAAUAACUCAAAACAGCUAAAAUGGUUGUGGGUGCAUUUCCAGCUGCCAAACUUGGUGUGCUAGCUAUGAAGCAAAUUUCCAAGCCGAUCGCAUCUUUGCUAAAGGAACGAGCAAAGAACAGUCCUUUCUUUCGUAAAUAUGUGUGUAUGCCACCGGCCCAAUUCUAUAACUGGAUGGAGGUUAAAACCAAAAUGUGGGCUAUGAACCUGGGAAAACCGACCAACGUACCGGUGCUAAACGAAGCGAUGGCUAUCGAGUUGGGAGCUAAUUUGUUGGGAGAAAUAGUAAUUUUUACUAUCGGAGCUGGAUUACUCUUAAUGGAGUACCAGAGACAAGUGCGCAAAGAAGCAAAUAAAGAAGAAUUGGCACUUCAAGAAAAGUUAGAAUUACAAGCAACAAUCAACGAGUUAGUUUUUCAGAUUCAACGUCAAGACACGCAAAUACGAGAAAUGGCACGAGUUGUCGCAGACUUAGAAUCAAAGUCCUCUUGGAAACCUAAGAUCCUUACCGAUUUGACAAGCAAAAGAAACAGUUCGGAACAACCAUUAUACAUACCUGAUAGACCUCAAGAUAUCGCUAGUAAAUCGGCUGUCAGUGGUAAUUCUGGGCUAAUAACGAAAGCGUUGAAUGUGAUUGAAAACGAAGUCUUUUAUAGAGCCACCAAGUCGGAAGGCGACGACAAAGUUGAACCAGAGCGAUCCAGCAUUAUCACGAAAGCUUUAGUUUAUCUGUUGAACGAUACAAGUAAUAGGUAGACUAAGCUGCGAAUGGGCGGCAUUAGGUUCAUGUUAUUUUGUAUGUAGGUUAACUCCUAAAAUGUUUUGCUAGAAAGUUUCAAUAAACAGAUGCAUGGGUAGUUUUGUUCUGUUGCAGCUGCUAAAAGCAAGGCGAAUUUUUCUAUAUUGAAGCAAAGAUCGAUGUAACUGUUACCAUAUUUGAGAGUAGGUAGAGAUGGUCGGGUAUGA